CAGGGCUCCGCCCGCUGCCGGUGACGCUCCGGCUUCCCCGGGCUCAGGGUGGCGGCAGCGGCCGCGGCGGAGGGUUGAUUUUUUUUACUGCAAACCAGAGAAGAUGACGCCAAAACAUGAAAAACAGGAAUUUGUAACUGUCUUGGUGCGAGACCCCAGGAUACAGAAAGAAGACUCGUGGUAUUCUUACAUAGACUAUGAGAUAUUUAUUCAUACAAACAGUAUAUGCUUUACAAGGAAAACAUCCUGUGUUAGACGACGCUUCCGAGAAUUUGUUUGGCUCCGGCAGAGGCUUCAGAGCCAUGCAGUGCUUUUACAGCUACCUGACCUGCCAUCUAAAACGCCCUUUUUCAAUAUGAACAAUCCUCAUCACGUGGACCAUCGCCGUCAGGGUCUGCAAGAAUUCCUGGAAAAGAUCCUACAGGAUGCAUUACUGCUUUCAGAUAGUCGGCUUCACCUCUUCUUACAGACUCAGCUAAGCCCAGAAGAUAUGGAGGCCUGUGUGUCUGGACAGACCAAAUACUCUGUUGCUGAUGCGAUUCACAGUUUUGCCUCUCUGAACAGACGUUUUCCUAUAGAAGACGAAGAGAGAAAAAAAGGAAAAAACGAUGCAGACUCUGAUUCAGAGAGUUCAUCCUCCGGGCUCGGACCUAGUGAUGACAGCAUUUCAUGUGGAUGUAAAGCAAGCCCAGCUUCUGAAGAAUCAUGAAAAAUCAUUCCUGUAUUGUUAUCUUAAGGACAGUACAGAGCAGUUUUUGCUUUCUUUMCUGGUUACAUGUACCACACAAACAGGGUUG